AAUCGGGAUGGCUUUCACAGUUAUAUUUAUCGGUGCCGUGAUCUCGUUGAGCGUGUCAACCGCCUUCGAAGAUCCCCUCCUGGUGGGAGGCACCGAAUCAUCGUGGGGCAGGUUUCCUUCCGCUGCGUUCAUCACAACCCCAACGCUGAGCUACUGCGGCGCGGCAGUUAUCCAUCCGGAGUUCGUUCUCACCUUAGCACAAUGUGUGCUCGAUAGAAAUGGCACGCAUCUGCCAGCACAUGUGGAAGUCAUUGCUGGUGAUUUGAACAUCUAUCCGGAGUCUGUGGAUCGGCAAACCAGAGGUGUGGUGGAGUUGAUCGUCCACCAAAACUUCACCGAAUUCAAUCUGAGGAACGAUAUUGCACUGCUACGUCUGGAUCGUAAGUUCGAGCUUCCUUCCAAUACAGUUGAUGUGGCGAUUCGUAGGAAGCGGAUCGUCCCGAAUGAGGCAUCAUGUCAGUUACCGGGAUGGGGCAUUCAGCGAACGACCACAGAUGGCAAGAUUGUUUCGGUCCAGAAGUAUCUGGAGGUGGAGAUUCUCGAUCGAGACUUGUGCAACGAGGCCUACAUUCACGAGGGUCGAGUCCGGGAAAGUAUGUUGUGUGGAGGAAAUCUGUUUCAGAGUACAAAUGCGGCCUGCAGUGGAAACUUGGGAUCUCCGUUGUAUUGCGACGACCAGUUAACGGGAGUGAUGUCGUACGGAGUGAAUUGCGGUCUAGCCAAUGAUCCUCCGGUGUUCAGUCAGGUGCGCUACUUUAAUCGAUGGAUCGAUGAGGAAAUAUCGAAGCGCGCUGUUAAGUAAGGUUUGAUCUUUUCUUUAGCAGGACGAGUUAAAUAAAAUACAAAUGCGAUUAAUUGUAUA